AUUGUGUCUUUACCGGUUCGCUGCUGCUGCUGUUGUGUUUUCAUUCCGUCUGUGUUCGGUCAUGGCUGCUCAUUCCGCUGAAGAUCCGUUCCCGCUUCACGGGCUGCUUCCUAAGAAAGAGACCGGUGCUGCCUCCUUCCUGACCAGGUUUCCGGAGUACGAUGGCCGGGGGGUGCUCAUUGCGAUCCUCGACACCGGGGUGGACCCGGGGGCCCCGGGCAUGCAGAUCACAACAGACGGGAAAGCCAAGAUCGUGGACAUCAUUGACACGACAGGCAGCGGUGAUGUGAACAUGUCCACUGUGGUGGAGGUGAAGGACGGGACAUUGACGGGACUGACCGGACGUACGCUCGCGAUUCCUCCUGCAUGGGUCAAUCCAUCUGGGAAUUAUCACAUUGGAAUAAAGAACGGCUAUGAUUUUUUCCCUAAAGCUCUCAAAGAAAGAAUACAGAAAGAGCGUAAGGAGAAACAAUGGGACCCAUCACACCGAGCAGCUCUCGCUGAGGCCAAUCGCAGAUUAGAAGAGUUUGAUCAGACUCAUCCGAACCCUUCACAGACAGAGAAACUACAGAGAGAAGAGCUACAGAGUCAAGUGGAGCUGUUAGGAUCUCUGGAGAAGAAGUACACUGAUCUGGGGCCUGUGUAUGACUGUGUGUCCUGGCAUGAUGGCGUCACAUGGAGGGCUGUAGUGGACACCUCAGAAACAGGAGACCUGUCGUCCUGCACCGUGUUGAGCUCUUACAGAGAAAGACAGGAAUACUCAACACUGGGAUACGCCGAAAUGCUCAAUUACUCCAUAAACAUCUAUGAUGAAGGGAACACGCUGUGCAUCGUCACCAGUGGAGGUGCUCAUGGGACACAUGUAGCCAGCAUCGCAGCGGGUCACUUCCCGGAUGAGCCUGAGAGGAACGGUGUGGCUCCAGGAGCUCAGAUUCUGGCUAUAAAGAUCGGAGACACUCGCCUCAGCACCAUGGAGACGGGCACCGGCCUCAUACGAGCUAUGAUUGAGGUGAUCAAUUAUAAGUGUGAUCUGGUGAACUACAGCUAUGGAGAAGCUACACAUUGGCCCAACUCAGGGAGGAUCUGUGAGGUCAUCACGGAGGCUGUACAGAAAUAUAAUGUUUUAUUUGUAUCAAGCGCGGGGAAUAACGGUCCGUGUCUGUCCACUGUGGGCUGCCCUGGAGGAACUACCAGCAGUGUGAUUGGUGUCGGUGCGUACGUCACCCCUGACAUGAUGGUGGCCGAAUACUCUCUGAGAGAAAAACUUCCUCCGAAUCAGUACACGUGGUCGUCCCGUGGGCCCAGUACGGACGGAGCUCUGGGCGUCAGUAUCAGCGCUCCCGGAGGCGCCAUCGCCUCUGUGCCCAACUGGACGCUCCGCGGCACACAGCUGAUGAACGGAACAUCCAUGUCCUCACCGAACGCCUGUGGUGGGAUCGCUCUCAUACUCUCAGGGCUGAAGCAGAACGAUGUGCGGCCCACGGUGCCAGCUGUACGCAGAGCUCUAGAGAACACGGCUGUUAAAGUGGAGGACAUCGAAGUGUUUGCGCAGGGUCACGGCAUCAUUCAGGUUUUAACAUUUUCUUACAAACACGCGUUAGCAAAUAAAAUGUACGGAAGAGCCUUAAAAUAUGCGACGAAAAUUGUGGAGGACAAACCCAGUAAAGAAAAUUGGAGGAAUUGUAUUCAGUUGAUGAAGUCUCUGGGCUGGAUUCACUCCGUCUCAUACGCUGAGAACUCACUCCCCAUCAUGUAUCCAUCUGACUACACACCGUUCUAAACCUGUACCGUGGUAAAAUCCACCUUCACACCACCCAGACACCUUCAGCACAGGACACAAGCCUUUAAAUCCAGAUGUUUGUUUUUAACUAGGAAGACUUUGAAACUGUUGGAAAACCAAUCAACACGUAUCACAACAAUCCCAUAAUGCCAUGCUGUGUGGUGAUCUGUGAAUGGAUGGGAUGGAUUUUCAUGGUUUGACAUCUGUCAGUUUUACACUUCUUUAAUAAUGUAUAUUCUUCUUUAUAAAUCAUUGAAACAGGACUUUCUGUGGACCUUUGGAGCGUCUGCCAACAAAACUAAAACAAACGAAUGGGACUCGUGUAUAAAUACAUACAAUAUAACAUCAUUAUAACUUGAAGGCAAUAUCAUAUAAACUUUCAGUUCUGUGGUUGAAUUUCACCCCAAAACUAAAAGAAGGAUGAAGUUAUAUAUUAAUGUUAGAUUGUGAUGGUAAUGCCAAAGCAUCUCAUGCUCAUCGCUACAAAUGAAACAACAUUUCCAUGAUGUAAAAUGAAGUUCAGUGUUUGUCUUUUCAUUUUGGGGUGAAAUCUUUGAGUUUUAUCUAAAUCAAAUGUAUGCAUGUUUUCUAAAGACAUAUCAUGUUUGAUAGCUGUUAAUCUUGUGAUUUAAGUAGGGCUUUUAGUGUGUGUGUGUGUGUGUGUGUGUGUGUGCGUGCGUGAAGGAGAGGUGAUGUUGGUGUGAUGAUUUUCACUUUUGUUCAUCUUUUUUUUUUUAAGGUUUGUAAUAUCACGAUCACCUCGUCUUUUAGAAAGCCAGCAUUUUGUUCUUUGUUUAAUAAUACACACGCACACAGUGUCAAAGGAAGAAAUACCUCCUGAUGUGAUGUCACAGUAAACAGUUUUAUUUUAAUAGUUUGGGUUUUAUUUGCUGGUUUGAUGUUCAGGUCUCACAGCUUUUUUAAUAAUGGCCUUAAAUCUUUAGUCCCGUCCUACACUUCAGGAAUCUUCAUAUCACGUCUGUAUCCAAAACUCUUGAACAUCUACAGUACAGAUAUAUUUAUGAAUGUCUUGUAUUUAUAAAGUAUAAAAGCCAAUGCCAUUAUUUUAAAAUCCUUUUAAUUUCAUUAAUGUUGUGUUAUUUUAUAUCCAUUACUUCUCAUUUCAGAAGUAUCAGCCAUUAUUUUGGUAAAUGUCCUAAAUAAUGUUUAUUGAUGAUCGUUCUUAAUAAAAGGAUCUGAAACUGA